AUGCGAGCAGUUUCUGCAGUGCGGCGUGCCAAGCAUCACUACUGCCGGGAAUAUGUUUGUGAUGAAGCGGACUAUUGGCAUCGAUGUUACCAUGAAAUGGAAGCAGCGUACUACGCCGUCAAGUCCGCCCUGGACGCCGAGCGCCAGCGGUGCACGCCGUGUGUAGUCUUGCCAAGCUCGCCGCGUCUGAGCCCACGGCAGGAGGUGUCUGAGAGUCGGGAAGAGAUUGUGAGGACAGUUCAAGAAAGUCACAAGCAGCAAGUGGAGUCUUACAAGGUUGAAGUGGAAACUACACUCAAGAAGUUGGAAACUGCGUUGAAGACAGGAGAAGAGGUUCGAUUUGAGCUUCGAGAGAAGGACCUGGAAGUGAGUCGGUUGAAAGAAGAAGUGUCGCGAAGAGACCAUCGCAUCAUUGAGAUGUCCUCCCAGAAAAGCUACUAUGAAAGUCAACAGGUUUCCGUUGAGCUGUUAGAAAGAAAGGUCCGAGAAAAGGAUAGAGAAGUGGUGGAAUUGAAAGAAGAAUUGGAGAAGCUUCGGGAAAGUUUCACCAAGGUCAAAGACGUUCACCACUAUGCAGUGUCAGAUUCCUGUGAUUCCUCAGUGUUGCGGCAACGCAUUCGCGACUUGGUGAGACAGACUGACUACUUGUAUUUUGAAAGAGACCUGUGGCGAAGAAGUUGGUCAGUGCCGGUAAGGUCUUUAGUGGUAGAGACCCCAGUGACGACGGUGAUGCCUGUGACAACUACCAUACCUGUCACCACCGUAGCACCUGUCACCACCAUCGCACCUGUGACCACCGUUGCUCCUGUGACCACCGUUGCGCCUGUGACUACCACGGUGACCACCGUGACCCCGCACACCACGGUGAAACCAGCGCCUGACGCUCCAACGGCUGAUUCACCCGGAAAACCAGCGAGUGGAACGGUGCCAGCAACGACAGUAACUGUGGCGCCACCAGUACCAGUAAUCGAAUCUGUGUUCCCUUCCACUGUGGUCUCCCCUGUCAUGGCUAGUCCCAUAGUCACCAGAACCGUGGCGCCAGUCGUCGAAGCACCCGUGGUGAUGGGUGGCAUCUACGGUGACUAUGUACGGCCCCUCGGAGUUGGCAGCUACUACCAAAGCGAGGAUGGCGCCAUGCAGGCACUCGACGGUUUGGUGAACGAUGCUUAUGACAGAGCUGCACCACUUGGGUGCGGUGACUGUAAAGCCGCUGGCAACUACGCAGCAGACCUGGAGAGCAUGCAUACUGCCAAGAGGCUUGGCUUUCCGAUUUCGCUUUAUUUGGACGCUCGAGAGCGUCGAUACGUGGAGGAAUUGAACACCUCCAAUUUUGUCGCCAUCACCAAGGACGGUCGCUAUGUGACUCCUGAUGCGCCAAGAAGUGUGCUCAACAGCAACACCAAUAAGGUCUUGCAGAAGCUUGCCGCGGACCUGCAGCUACUCGUGGAGCGAAGACCCAUUGACUUCGAAGCCGAGGUGGACAGCUUUGAAGAGGUGGGUGCCGUUGGCACUGCUGUGGUCGUCACGCCCAUACGGUCCCUGACCCGUGGAGAUCGUACAUGGCGCUUUGGAGAACCAAAGGUGCUCCGACAGCUUCGCGAUAGGGUUCGGGCCAUUCAAAAUGGCGAGGCGCAGGACACGCACCAGUGGAUGCGAAGGAUAGAGCUGGAUGAUCAGCCGCAGAAAGCCAUGUUGAGCGUGUACCCUGGCGCGGAUCCCAAGAACAUGUGCGGACUGAGGUUUGUGAUGGACGAUGGCGUCAAGCAGGUACCGGGGUACCGGGACUCACAGAUCUCCAGGGAAGGCCCCUUUGACGACACGUUUGGUGCUUCGGGGGCGAGACGCUAUGAGAUGAGACGCGAUGAGACCGUGGCCCGCAAGCAUGGAAGAGAUGCCUUUGGUUGUGUCUUUGCAGAUGUGGAUUUAAUAACAACAAAUAGCCUGACUGGCAGUUUGUAG